UGUAGCUACUCUGCGCGCCGGUCUUGGCUCGCGCCGGGUAUAUAACGCCAUAGAAAUCCCUACGCCUCCGCCACGAGACAUCCGGGUCCUCGUGUCUUCAUCGCGCCGACGACGUUCUCUCACUCGAGCGUUCCUACAUCAUGGGCAGACUCACCACCCUCGCCGCCGUAGCGGCUUCCCUGUCCGCGGCCGCCGCCCAGACCUUCCAGCGACUUGGCGCCUGUCCGGACCUCGGCUGCGUCCUGCCGCCCGACCAGUCGGACUUCCUCCCCGGCCAGUACUUCGACCUGCGCCUCGAGGUCCACGCCCCGGUCAACGGCUCCGAGGCGUUCAACGGCGGCGUUCCCGACGACAAGUUCUCCGUCACGAUCGCGAAGGAGGGCGGCGAAGCGAAGGGCGUCGCGGAGUUUUUCGCGAUCGAUGAGCCAAAACUGGAGACCUGGGAUUUUAAGUGGUAUGAGGAUCUGUUUGCUCAGGACGCCGGGACGCCGUCCGUGGUUAAUGUCGCGUCGAGGAUUUAUCGGAAGAUUGCACUUUAUGAACCCGGGAAUUACGCUGUUACUUUGACGUAUUAUGAUGGGCAGACGACGACGGCGAAUUGGGUUGUGCGCCCCUUAGCUACGAAGAAGAAGGCUAAGAAUGUGAUUCUGUUUAUUGGUGAUGGUAUGACCACGAAUAUGAUCACUGCUGCUCGUCUUCUUGGUCACAAGAGCAUCAAUGGAAAGUACCAGUCUCUGCUGCAGAUGGAUCAGUUCCCUAUUUUGGGACACCAAAUGACCCAUUCCAUUGAUAGCUUCAUCACCGACAGUGCCAACUCGGCAUCGGCCCUCUACACUGGACACAAGAGCACGGUCAAUGCUAUGGGUGUCUACGUUGAUUCAUCUCCCAAUUUCUUCGAUGACCCCAAGGUUGAGACCCUUGUCGAAAUAUUGAAGCGCACUUGGGAUUCUGCCUGGGGCGCCGUCUCAACAGCAGCCAUUUCGGAUGCUACUCCCAUUGCUCUUACUGGCCACAGCCGUUCCCGCUAUGCCUAUGGCUCUCUCGUUGACCAGGGACUAAACUCAGUCACCAAUUACUCUUGGACCAACCAUGGCGGUCCCGAUGUCUGGUUUGGUGGCGGUGCUGAGCAAUUCAACCCCGGAUCUGGUAGUUAUGAAGGCAAGGACUACUACGAGGCCUUUGCGAAUGCCGGGUACGACAUUAGCUUAAACAAAACCUCUCUCCUCGAGCUCGGCAACAGCAGCAAGGCCCUCGGCAUCUUCUGCCAGUCUCACUUCCCCGUCUGGCUCGACCGCAACGUGUUCACAGAUAACCUAAACACGUUCAAGAACGACCCUCACGGCACCACGAGCCCUGCCCUCGAUCUUCCCGGACUCAAGGAGAUGACGCUAAAGGCGAUCGACAUCCUUCACACGCGCGGCGGUGACAAGGGUUUCUUCUUAAUGUCCGAGGGCGCGUCAAUUGACAAACAGAUGCACGCAUUAGACUACGACCGCGCGCUCGGCGAUCUUCUCGAGCUUGAUGACACAGUGCGCGCCACAGUCGCGCACCUCAAGGCCAUCGGGGAGCUCGAAUCCACCCUCAUCCUCGUAACAGCAGACCACGGCCACGGCUUUGACGUCUACGGCGGCGUCGAUACACAGUACCUUUCCUCGAAGCCAAGCGACCGCGAAAAGCGCCGCGCCGUCGGCACCUACGAGAUGUCGGGUCUAUCGCAGUACACCGUGCCCGUGGACGGCGUGUCAUACGGCACUGGACCAAACUUCCCGGUGAACUGGGACCCGCGGUACACGUUAGCGCAGGGGUUCAGCGCAAACCCGGACCGCAGGGAGAACUUCAAAGUCCACAAGUCCCCGCGCAAAGUCGUAAGCAGCACCCCCGGGUUCGCCAAGAGCGACAUGUUCGUCGACGCGAAGGAUAGCCCCGACGGGUUCGUCGUCAACGGCACGUUGUCCGUUACGGAGUCUUCGGGCGUUCACUCGUUGACUGAUGUCGCGGUCUUCGCUAUGGGCCCGUGCCAGGAGAUGUUUUCGGGGGUGUAUGGGAAUGUGGAUGUGUUUUAUAAGAUGGCGAGUUGCUUGGGUUUGGCGAGGCCGGAUGGUAAGACCCCUGCGGAUCCGGAGAGUGGGUGUGGUUCGAAGCAUUGAGUUAGGGGUGGUUGUGAUAAUGAUGGGCUUUUUUACGUACGGGGUUAGGGAGGUAA